GUUGCAAGUUGCACUGAACUUCUUUUUGUUGUUGUUGCAGCCCACCUUCCUUCGCCAGUCCAUCUAUCCCUCCACGACCCAUUCAUCCCCGCUGCACCGAUCCGGCCAGCAGAUACAAUGCCACCCAAGUCAGCGGCCUACCUGCAGUUCCUGCAGUCGCCGAGCACUGGCGUGCUGGCGAGCGAUGCCUCGAUCAACUACAUUACCACGACCACACAGAUCAGCGAGCCCACAGCCAUCCUCAAGCAUCUCGCCGCGCAGGCCAAGCAGGUCGUGAAAAAGGAGGAGAAGGUGCUGUCCACCAUUGAGGGCGACGAUGGCUGCUGUAUCGAGACGCAGACAACACUGAGCUUCCGUAUGGGCGGCGGCGCCUUCCUGCCUGGCAUGGACUCCAAUAUGCUGGACGAGCGCGAGGUGACGUUCCCGCUCACCCAUGUGGUUACCUUCCACGGCGACAAGAUCCAGCAGAUCCGCCAGUACUGGGACCAAGGGACACUUCUGAAGCAAGUCGAGGCCAUUGGCAAGACUGGUCGCAACUGGCCCAUUCGCGACGGCAAAGACCAGGUCAAGGCAGUUACGACCAGCAUCAAGACCGCCACGCCGUCUGGCGCAUCCAGCGCGCGAGGUGGCAACGGCAGCCGCAAUCCACACGAUGUGGUUGUCAACGCCCACCAGAAACGCGACAGUGUCUCCGUGACGCGUGAUCCGCAUGCAAGCCUGUCGUUGUUCGCCGAGCGAGACCCUAAUGAGGGCACCAGUACCUACAGUGGCCCCAAGUACGAGCCGGUCAAGUCGGCGAGACCGGCUCCUCGGGACCUGGGCGAGUUGUUCACAAAUGAGGAGCAGGAGAGCAACCCAGUGCGCUCUCAGUCGCCUCACAAGGAGCACGGCACCAUCCUCAAGGCGGGUGCUGGCAAAGGCUUCAAAGAGAAUCGGCUGUUCGAGAGCCGGGAAGAAUUGGAACCCCCACAGUCACCUGAGCGCAAGAAGACUUACACCAAGAAGUACGAACAUUUCGACUUCGGCGAUGGCGAGGACGCUCCUCAGGGUGGCCACGGUGGACAUGCACGUGCAAAGAGCAAGAAUGCGCAGGACAAAUCGGGACCGACAUUCAGCUUUGAGGACUUCGCGACACCGCCGAAGCACAUCGAGAAGAACCGACCGGACUACGAGCGUCAUUGGGGUGCUGGUGUUGAUGAGGAGGAUCCUGAAUCGCCACCGAAGCGUCCUGUCGUGCACCAGCCACGCAAAGACGCAGAACCACACUGGGAGCUCAACGACGAAUCACCUGCUCCUGCAAAGGCCAAGUCUUUCCAGAGACAGAAAGGGCUUGGGCUGUACGGAGAUCCUCUGCACGCCGACGACCGAGUACAGAAACCUGCUCAAAAGCCCAACGUGAACAACUCUCGCCGCGAAGACGAUUUCGAAGCGCACUACAGCUUUGCAGAUGAGUCCCCUGCGCCCGUGAAGAAGAUUUACAAGACAGCUGGUGAUGGUAUGGGCUCGCGCUCCGAUGGCAACUUUGCGGAUGGGUCGACUGCGUCUGGGAAGAAGAUUUACAAGACGGCUGGUGAUGGCAUGGGCUCGCGCUCCGGAGGCAGAUCUUGGGGAAUUGGUGAUGAAUCUGAUCCUGAGGUGGAUGCUGAAGUCCGCCCGACCGCUAGAAGCAGAGGACAGCGUUCGCAGGCACGAUCAGGCGCCGACCCCGACUUCUGAGAUCCCAGCGGGUGAUCAGAUCGAAUACCUGUACCGUGAACGAUCUUCAAUAAAGGCGAAUAUCGUGUCUUGCGGCACCACACGCGCUUUGGCCCAAACUGGAAAUCCUUUUCGUCACUGUCGACAUGUAUCAGCACUGUUGGCUUAAGAUUGGGCUGAUAUUGAAAGCCGUUCUUUGAGCCGGAAGAAGGAAGAGACGUCGUAUCAACGGCAGGUGCAUCUUGUAUUCAGCUCACUUGAAGCGAAGAAAUGAGUCUAUCGUCGAGUUAUACUUGCUUGGCAGAGCUCUCAUUCAGUCCAUAGUCUUGACAGCUUCUAGUCGUGCCGUAUCUCGGCCAUAGGACAUAUACCCAAACUGUUUCUCUUUCAGAGCAAAUCAUAGCA